GGCAUCUGCCGCGGGUUGUUCAAUUCCUCUCUCUUGACAAGACAAGCGGCGAAGUCGGGAAAGAACGGAACGGCGCGAGGAGGCGGGCUUGGACGGACGUCCAAGCAGCAGGUGGUUAGCAGCCGAAUGGUGAGCGCAUUGCGUUUGAAGGGAAAGUCGGGAGAGGGGAGGAGGCGGUAAGAAGCAGCUGGGGUUGGGUAGGCUGGUGAACCCAAGGCAUGGCAUGGGCGGACAACGGCGGAGGUGUUGACGGGGGAAUGGGAGAGGCUGCCUCCACCACCGCCUCCACCGCCUCCACCGCCAUCGCCACGGCUCCUGUGAAAGUGAAGCGGCGCCAAUUCACUUCAGUCGCCUCUUCGGUGAGGGACGAGGCGCGAACGCAUCAGCAUCAGCAUCAUCAGCAUCAGCAGUGGCCGUCUCACCAGCCGCCGCAUCCCCAGCAGCAGCAGCGUCACUAUCAAUCGCAACUUGGAGGGCGAUCUUUCGGUGCGGUGGGGGCCGGCGCUUGCGCAUCGCCGUCCGCGGUGGCGACGAACGGCUGUUCGCCCCACCAGACGAGGGGCGCCGGCGGCGUGCUCUCGAGCGCGGGUAUGGCGGCUGGUCCUUCUCCUCCUAGUGGCAGCACCAGCAACGAAGGGUGUGAGGAAGCCUUAGCGUAUGCCGUCUUGUUACGCUCUCGAAAUAAGAUCCCGGAGGCUUUGAUGAUAUAUGAGAGCAUUUUGAGCGAAGACAACAGGAACGUCGACGCUCUCGUUGGCAAAGGCAUUUGCCUCCAGUUGCAAGGGCUAGCUAGGCAGGCUUUCGAGAGCUACGCAGCGGCGCUCAUCAUCGACCCUAAGAAUGCGUGCGCGUUGACUCAGUGUGGCAUCCUCUACAAGGAAGAAGGGCGCUUGGUCCAGGCAGCCGAGACGUAUACAAAGGCACUUGCAGUCGAUCCGAACUUCAAGGAAGCGCGAGAAAAUCUUGCAAUCGUGCUCACGGAUUUGGGAACUCGUUUAAAGUUGGCAGGGAACGUUCAGGAAGGGAUCACGAAGUACUUUGACGCAAUUCACGUGGAUGACAGAUAUGCACCGGCAUACUACAACCUUGGGGUGGUAUAUUCCGAGAUGGGAGAGUUCGACACGGCACUGAAUUUUUAUGAGAAGGCUGCGACAUUGAGGCCUAUGUAUGCGGAAGCGCACUGCAACAUGGGAGUGAUCUACAAAAACCGAGGCGAUCUGCAUCAAGCAAUAAACUGCUAUGAGAGGUGCUUGGCAGUUGCCCCAAAUUUCACAAUUGCUCGAAACAACAUGGCGAUAGCACUGACAGAUCUUGGGACGAAGGUGAAGAUGGAGGGGAACCUACAGGAGGGUGUUUCGUUGUACAAACGGGCGCUGGUCUUCAACUCGCAUUAUCCAGAUGCCAUGUAUAAUCUAGGAGUUGCAUACGGAGAAAUGCUCAAGUUCGACAUGGCUGUUGUCAUGUACGAGCUGGCUCUUCACUUCAACCCGCAGUGUGCAGAGGCAUGCAACAACCUGGGCGUAAUAUACAAGGACAGGGAUAACUUGGACAAGGCAGUUGAAUGCUACCAGGUCUACGCCAAGGGCCGGAAUGUGGAGAAGGAACCUGGAGUCUGGACGGACAAAUGGGGCUUUCAGCUGUCUUUUUGUGCUCUCGAGAGUUGCAGAGUGCGGCUUUGUAGAGACACCGGGGCACUGCCACGACGCAGUGCCAGAAUCGCARUUCGUGCCCGCCCUGCAGUACCUCCAAGACCGAAGAAACUCAGCAGGCGGAGGACUCCAGCAGCAUCAAGUACGGCAUUGACGGUACAAGACGCCACCGGAGAUCAUCCCGCAUACCCAGUCCGAGGAGCCAAUGAGCCAGCGGCUGAUUAUCGUGGGCGGCUACUGGCAUUUACGGAAGCCGUAGCUGCCGUCGAGGCCCGGAAGGAGACAGCAGAGGCAGAACGUCAGCGGCUAGCCAAUGAAGCGGCAGCCGAAGCUCAGCGAACGACUGAGACUGACGCAGAGACACGAGACAGACGGAAUGCCAGCAGCACGGAGUCCUUGAUUGCUUGUGAGCAUCAGGGGACGACGAUACUCCAAGGCAUGAUCUUUGUGCCUACGGAAGCGCAGGCAGACCCGACACCGGCGGAGGCAGACCCGACACCGGCGGAGGCAGAGAGAAGUAACCUGGCUAACUUGCUGCUGGGCAUGAUGAGAGGUAUUAUGUGGAAUAAUACACUGCUGCAUUCACAUCUGCGCACGGACCCGACGCAGCGACAAACAUACAAGAACGAUAUGACUGCGUUAACAACUGCUAUCCGCACAGAGGCAACGCAGCAGCAGCAACAGCAUCAUCUGUUGAAAUCCACUAUCACACGCGUCAACAGCAUAGAGGCUAACGCCUCAGCAGCGCCAGGCAGCACGGCAGACGUGACGAAGCAACUCAAUGAGCGGAUCGAUCACGUCGUCACCAUCAUCGGCGACAUAAGUACUUUCAACGGACCAGGCUCGAUCAGCAGCACGGUGGCCGCCAUCAAGAUGGACAUCACCAAGCUACAGACGAGACCGGAAGCCGCUACAAAGACGUUCAAGAUGCCGCACUUCGACAUCAGCAAGUUCGACAAUUACAACAAGUCGGACGCCUUGUCAUGGUGGCAAGGCUUCCUCAUGGAAGCAUCAUGCCGCAUGGUCCCGGCGGACGACAUGUUGAAGGCACUAUAUCUGCAGCUGAUUGGAGGAGCGCAGGGAUGGAUGAACCACCUAGCGGCUACACACCAGUGCACUAUCGCCGAACUCCACACGCACAUUACGUGGAAGGAGUUCGAGCAGCUAUGGUUCACCAGAUUCAUGGUCCGCAACGUCGUGAAGAUGGCCAUGAACGAGGUCUACUCAUGCUCUCAAGGGAACAUGCCAACGCGAGAGUGGGCAUCAAAAUGGCAGAAGAUAGUGACCACGCCAGGCUUCGACUUGACGUUCCCUAAUCAACGAUCCGAGUUCUUCUCGAGAUCGUGCGCAGGAUUGCGGUCGGYACUCGGCAAYGAGUACGACUAUACUACGUUCCAGGCCAUUCUGGAUAGAACGAACUUAGUCAUCCAAACGGACGACAAGGCCGCUAACGAGAGGCAAUCCCAGCCGCAUUAUGUGGCUAAACAGGCCUAUCAACGUCCGACACAUAACAAUGCCGUGUUUUCUGAGGAAAUCGACGACCACCACGCUGCGGCAGCAUCCUCGAGUGAUGGAGGAAUGGUCGCAGCGCUCCCGCCGAAGUGCAUUCGUCCCUUAGCGGACAAGAUCCAAACCAUUGUGGAUUGGCCGGAACCCCGUUGCACGACGGAUGUACGCUCUUUCAUGGGAUUGGCUGGAUAUUAUCAGCGUUUCGUCGAGUCAUACUCGAAAGUGGCCGCUCCUUUGUCGAGACUUCAGUCCCCGAAGGUGCCCUUCGAGUUCGACGACGCAGCCCGUGGUGCGUUCACUACGUUGAAGGCAGCGAUGCAAGCCGCACCUGCCCUCCGUAUAUAUGACCCCACCCUACCCACCCAAGUGACUACGGACGCUUCGGGAUACGGUAUUGGUGCGGUGUUGGAACAGUGUCACGAGGAUGGUUGGCAUCCCGUUGAGUACUUCUCCCAGAAGGUGCCUCUCGUCAACACUCUUGAUGACGCUAGGAAGAAAGAGCUACUCGUGUUUGUCACCGUCCUCAAAUGGUGGCGCCACUUUCUUCUCGGCCGUCGGCGUUUUAAAUGGAAUACGGAUAAAAAUCCGUUGACAUUUUACAAAACGCAGGACACGGUCACUAGUWCGAUCGGUCGAUGGAUGUAUUACAUCGACCAGUUCGAUUUUGACCCGUGUCACAUUCCCGGUCCCGCCAAUCGAGCGGCGGACGCCCUCUCACGACGGCCAGACUUUUGCGCCAUUUUGACCACGGCAUUCGACCUCGAUAAUGAUCUGCAGCAGCAUUUCGUCAAAGGCUACAAGUCUGAUCCGACGUACUCUACGCUUUAUGCGAAGCUUUCAUCGGAUCACCCGCCGGCUAACCAUUACCGGAUUUCCGACGGGUUCCUUCUCCUUCACACGAGAGGAACGGACUUGUUAGUUGUGCCCCAAGAUCGUAUCUUACGGACUCGUCUUCUCGGUGAAUUCCACGAUGCACGACUUUCGGCACACCUUGGCAUGGCUCUUCGAAUCAAGCCUAACUUCUCGCAGUCGCUGAAUAAUCUUGGGGUUGUUUACACUGUUCAGGGGAAGAUGGAUCUUGCGCUUGGAAUGAUCCGAUCGGCCAUUCUCGCAAACCCAGCCUAUGCAGAAGCAUACAACAAUUUGGGGGUUCUGCACAGAGAUGCAGGAAACAUUCCUGGAGCAAUUGAAGCUUAUGAACAGUGUCUUUCGUUGGAUCUUGAUUCUCGCAAUGCUGGUCAGUGCCUUUCUUUGGAUCCUGAUUCGCGCAAUGCUGGUCAGAACCGAUUGCUAGCAAUGAACUACAUCCACGAAGGACUGGAUGAUGCCCUCUACAAUGCACACAGAGAAUGGGGAAAGCGAUUCAGGCGAUUGUACCCAGAAUACAAGACAUGGGAUAAUGAGAAGAAUCGGGAUAGGCCAUUGACAAUUGGAUAUGUCUCACCAGACUACUUCACGCAUUCUGUGUCGUAUUUCAUUGAAGCACCACUCACGUUCCAUGACUACUCCAAGUUUCGAGUUAUUGUAUAUUCAGCAGUGGUGAAGGCUGAUUGCAAAACUCUCCGCUUCAAGGAUAUGGUGCUCAAGAAAGGUGGCCUCUGGCGUGACAUUUAUGGACUUGAUGAGAAGAAGGUUGCUGCAGCUGUUCGUGAGGACAAGGUUGACAUACUUGUGGAGCUAACUGGUCAUACUGCCAAUAAUAGGUUGGGCGUAAUGGCUUGUCGUCCAGCUCCUGUCCAGGUGACCUGGAUUGGAUACCCGAACACGACUGGACUCUCGACAAUUGACUACCGUCUCACUGAUUCAUUCGCAGAUCCUCCCACCACCAAACAGAAGCAUGUGGAAGAGCUGGUGCGACUGCCAAAAUGUUUCCUGUGCUACACUCCAUCACCAGAAGCAGGGCCUGUGGCUCCAACACCAGCAUUGACCGGUGGUUUUGUCACUUUUGGUAGCUUCAACAACCUUGCCAAGAUAACUCCAAAAGUUAUUAGGGUCUGGGCACGUAUCCUGAGGGAAGUGCCAAAUUCCCGGCUGGUGGUGAAGUGCAAGCCAUUCUCUUGCAGCAGUGUCAGCGAGAGGUUCAUGAGUACAAUGGAAGCAGAGGGGGUGGACUCCGUGCGUAUCGAUCUCCUGCCACUCAUUCUUCUAAACCAUGACCACAUGCAGUCGUAUUCUUUGAUGGACAUAAGCCUGGAUACUUUUCCUUAUGCGGGGACAACUACAACUUGUGAAUCGUUGUACAUGGGUGUCCCCUGUGUGACGAUGGCGGGCAUGGCUCAUGCAAAUAAUGUGGGAGUCACUCUGCUUCAUCAUAUAGGCCGAGAUGAUCUCAUUGCCAAAACAGAGGAUCAGUAUGUGGACAUGGUGGUGAAACUCGCAAGUGACAUUCCAAAGCUUGCUGCACUCAGGGCGAGCCUGCGUGAGCAGAUGCGCUCUUCUCCAUUGUGCGAUGGUCAAAACUUCACCGCUGGCUUGGAGUCGACAUUCCGGAAUCUAUGGCAUCGGUAUUGUGAGAAGGGGAACCUUCCUUCUGACUCGUGUAUGGAAGAUGGAAGUGGCGUAAUGAACGGUGACAGCGUGUCAGCAAAUGAUAUUGCUGAAACCCGAGCCAUGAGUGAGGAUCGGCGAGAGGGACAGGAAAGCAUGGGGUCGUCAAAAGACAGCAAUGUUGCAGUCUCUUCGCCCUCCAUGAUUGCUACGGCGGAGCCUGCAAAUUCAGUCGGAGGUUUUCGAAGGAGAUCUUGUGGAGGUAAUCCUGCUGCAAGAGGUGGGGGUGCAGAUCAUUCAGGGAGGCAAAGCCUUCCACGUAUGCCUUCUCCCUCAAGCAGUGCAGAGGAGGUAGCAAAGAAAGGUGUUGAGGGUGCUGGCGGCUAGAGAUGCCUGGAGGAAUGGCUGGGUUUCACCAAUUCAAUCAGAGAGAAGAAUUCACAUGGCUUUGCGGCUAAGAAACGCCAAUUCAGUUGUUUGCAUCUGGAACGAAGCCAUGGGUGUUCUCACGAGUUGAUUGAAUAUUCUCGUUGCCUUUGCAGGGACUUUCAACCUGAGGAGAGGUUGAAGUGGGUAUGUGUAGGAGAAUGCAAGGUCGGGCUGGGUGGUGUGCAUUUAGCUCUUAUUCUUUGUAUAUAAUGGAUAGAGGAAUUCCUUAAGUGUCUCCAAACUUAUGCAGCUUUGGACUAGCAUCGAGGGGUUGCCUAACAGGGCAUGCCCUGCCUAUGAGUCGUGGAUUUGAAAUGUGGGCGAAGCGCAGUACACUCCGUUACGACUUCUGCUGGAUCUGGUUAAGUCGCACAGCCAAGGUGCCUCAGGUUGUGGAGGAAGAGGAUGGGAAGGGUCUGCACCUGGGUGACUGCCAGGUGUCCCUUGACUUGUUGGAGAAGGCUUAGCGUGCCCUCGGUCGAGGUCCUCGCGGUUGUAAUGUCUCGCCUGUGGCAAUGGCCACAGAAAGAAGGCGAGUAUAUCCCAUCCACGCAGGCUAAGUGGUGGAGAACUGGGUGAGUAAUCUCUCGUCUUCUUCCUUACUCUUGCUGGACCAGAUUUCAAGGCCAACCUGCCUGGGUUCAUCCCCGGGACCAUGGAUGCAGCAAGUUCACAAAGCUGAAACUCGUGAUCAACAGCUUUGUGGAAUUCCGUUGCUGUUUUCAAGACAGCUGUCACAAGUCCAUGUUUGAAUCUCAUUGCCAUAGUUCUGAAGGUGUACGGCCUCCUGCUAGGUGGUUGUUCCCGUACUGUACCACUUCCUCUGAUGAGACACUCGCCACUCGGAUUUUGCCAGUUGCACACCUUGUGUGUUCCAGUAUUCAGAGUCCUCUUGUUUGGACCUCUACUUAGGUGACCACAAUAGUUGAGGCCCAAUAAUCCUCUACUCGGGGUGGGGAGUGAUGAAGAUGAUGGCGCAGGAAGGAUGGUUGUCAGUCAGUACAGUACGUUUGUAUCUUGGGCACGGAACCGUCCGAGGAAAGUCUUGGACCUCUACUUAGGUGACCACAAUAGUUGAGGCCCAACGAUCCUCUACUCUGGGUGGGGAGUGAUGAAGAUGAUGGCGAGGGAAGGAUGGUUGUCAGUCAGUACAGUGCGUUUCUAUCUUGGGCACAGAACCAUCCGAUGAAACUAUCCGUUCCAGUCCCUGUUCUCAUUCACAACUUAGUCCUAUAUUCUAGAGAGUAGUGCGCAUUGGAAACAGUGCUUCUUGUAGUUGUGCAUGGGCUGCCAACUGCUUUCAGUAGUAUAGUACUUGAGACUGGCCUGCUGCCGCAGGAGGGAGUAUCAUCGGAUUGCGUGUUUGGUGUUGUUGAUGCGAUGAUGAGUGUUAAGCCAUCUGGACGGGCAGACUGGAGAUGGAUGAAUCUAUUUAGCGAUACCAUGGAAGGCUUUGAUCUGAUGGGACGUGUCCUUGUCAAAGCGCAGAAGUUUUCAAGACUUCUAGUGAAAAGAAGAGGUUAUUGGUUACCACGAUGCCGCCUUCAUCAUCCAGGAUGCAUUCCUGAUGCUUUCUUGGCUCUCUUGCGAAUCUCCUCUCAGCUUCCCUGUUGUUUCCUCGGCUCCUUGUCGUUUUUCUUGGCCCACCUACGACAGCGGAGAUGCGGUGGCCGGCUUGUCAGCCAACUCUCUGGUAUUCCAAGCCCAACUACAGAAGUCAACUGGUGGAUGAUCUCGAGGUAUUGCGGCUUUUGUUCCGAAUGGCUAUAUUUUGUACAUGAGCCAACAUGCCGAAUCUCCCUUUCUCACACUUCAUCCCUAAUCCUCCUCCCUUUCGUUCCGGCUUCCCAACAAGGGCUCUGUGUUGCCUGCCUCUCCCUGUUAUUGUUACCUAUUUUUUCUCGUCUCGCGGCUGCGUUCCUUCUUUUUCUUCAUGCGCAUCGAGGACUGUUAGUUGCAUCUAGAGGAGUAUCCAUACAGUUUUGGCCAAGCUUGCCACUCAAGGAGUGUUGCUUGCAUUCCUGCAGUGGAUUUGCAGGGGCCCUUACAGGGUUGCCACCAGUCUAGUUCUUUUUAGAAGCUCAAUUGCUGCGUCUUCACCAGUUGUGGAACCUCUCUGUGGUUUUGAUGUCCAGGCAACAGGGGGGCUCAUGGCAGUGCUAUGGUUUCGUCUGCCUUGAAUGCUGUGCCUUGAAAUUUGAAGUGAGGGCAAGGAAUGAUGUGAAACCACGAACGUCUGGCUUCCACGAAAGUAGUGUCUUUCUUUACCAAACCCUCCUGUUAUCAAUGUGUCAAACUCCCUCUCCUGGCCAUGGAUACGCCAGCAAGCUGAUGAUCUAUAUCUCUUUGGAGGUCGGUACUUUGUAAUGGUUACUUACCCCAGACUCAAUUCCUUCUCGCAGCCAUACUUCUGGAAUGGAGUGGAUGCAUAUACUGGAAUUGUAUGGAGGAAAUGUAUUUUUUUUCCAUGAUAUAUGUAGGAUCAAUUCAAGACAUGGUUGCUUACCAUAUUGCGGCGCUGUCCCAAACCGCUAAUGGUCAUCACCCUUCGUGCCCUAAGGAGCUGAGCUAGAAGCGAAGUUGCUUUGUGUGCAGGUGGGCAAACUACGUGGAGCUGAACUCCAUUUGAUUUUCACCAUCCAUCUGGCUGAUAUUGGUGGUAGACCGUGUUGUUCGGCAGCAGGUUGGCGCUUGGACGGACACGGAAGUGGGGAGUCGGGGACCAUGUUCUGCUGAACUUUUUCGUACGGAAAAAGGUGGGUUUAUGGAUCACCCAGUGAACGAACGGUAGAGGGCUAUGUGACGACUCUAUUUUGUUGGGAUUUGGUAACAUCACUCAAGGUACGCGAUGAUGCCCCAGGUGGAGUGUCCUCUGCGCUUGGGCCCAGCCACCCUGCACCAAAAUUGGACUUCAAUGGUCUGUCCUAAAUAUACGAGGCUUGCAUUGGAAGUGCUUUAAACAACUUUGUCUAGGGAACCGAGCGACCUGCACGCAAGACCUCUGUGGAAUGGAGUUGUGCUGCGGUAGCUCGCCCAAUGCUUGGCCGUAAUAGGACCACGGCGAGUGCAUAGCACCCGAAAGAAAGAAGCCGAUGCGGGGCGGAUGUGAGGUCAGAUGUGAGCUUUGCACAGAGCAGUGACCAGCAAUUUUUGUUGGUAGGCUAUUUUUUUGUGCUUCACGGUGAAAUAUUUUUACGGAGCUCAAGGAGAAUUCUAUUUUGUUUUGUACAAUUUUUUUGAAGAGUCUUUUUUUCUUGCAAACGAUGCCAACGCUUCUUGGCCCAAUGUGUAACAUGAGAGGACUUGUGUGCCUGGGUGCUCAACUGGACAUGUUCAGAGUUGAUUGCAGAUAUGGUGACAUAGAGGAAUUCUGUGUGUAAUUGGAGAUUUGCUGGCCUCUCGGCAAGGAUGGACUGUUCUGCAUUUGUCAGCCGGCGUGAAUUUUGCUAAUUGGUUUUCGAUUGCAGCAUUGAUGAAUACUUGCCCCUGGAGUGCCCAUCUCAGAUCUUGUUGUAGUCCCACGGGGCUCUGCCAGUGUUCACUUAUAGCUAAAAAAAAAACAAAAAAGAAUCAAACUGCAAUGCAGAU